CUGUUCCUUAGCAACAGCGAUCGUGAAACAAGAUGGCGGACCAAACGGUUAGCGCCGUGAGCGGGACAAGUAGCUCUGAACCACAGGAAAAACCAAGCACUGAAAGCACUGAUUCGACCACCGCUGAGCUACAAAAGAAAAUCUCCGACGCUUUUGAUAUAUUUGACCACGAAUCAAACAAAACAGUGGAUGUAAGAGAAGUUGGUACGAUUGUCAGAUCGUUGUUGUGCUGUCCAACAGAAGGCGAGCUUCACGAUAUACUAGCAGAUACUGAGGAGGAGGAGCCAACUGGGUACAUUAGGUUUGAGAAGUUUGAGCCAGUCAUGCUCAAGAUCCUGCUAGAGAGAAGGUACAAGCCUGCCCCAGAAGAUCAGUUGUCAAAAGCAUUUGAGGUUUUAGACCAGGAUAAAAAAGGAUAUCUGACUACAGAGGAGUUAACCAAGUAUAUGACAGAGGAAGGAGAGGCUUUCACCCAAGAGGAGGUCGAGGAGAUGUUAUCAGCAGCAGUCGACCCAGAGAAAGGAGUUAUUUUUUACAAAGACUUUGUCGCCAUGUUGGUGGUGGAGGAUGUGUGAUGGCGUUAGCAGAUCGCUAACAAUUUUAUCAUUGAACUGUAUAUAUUGUACUUGUAGGAAUAUUGUAAAUAAAUAUGCAUAAAAUAAA